UUCAAUGUCACAAUACACAUUAAGUUACACAAAAACAAACAAUUUUUUUUACAUACGCACACAUACAUAUUAGCAUAUUCUUUAAUGGAGGAUCUUCAAUCGCAGCCAUAUUAUUACAAACUUGAACGGCGAAAGUUUGCUUGUAUCACAUACACAGUAACAGGAUGUUUUCUUUUGUUCGCUCUAAUUCAAUGGUUUAUGUUUCAUUUAUUAGAGGACAUAAAUACAUAUUUUACUAGAAAUUAUUGGCUCGGCAUUGUAUUCUUUAUAUUCAGUUUACUUCUCAUAGUUGUAUUCAUAUUCUUCGAGGAUUUGCGCUUCUCUGCUCCCGUCAAUUGGAUAAUUGCUAUAAUCAUAUAUGAAUGCAUCAUCGUGGGUGUAACUUCAUUAAUUGUGCGUCACUAUAAAUAUCAGUUAAUAAUGAGCUUCCUGAUAUGGACCUUUGUGCUUUUAGUGUUCCUUGUAUUCGGCUCCUUUAUUCCACAUGACCUUACUGUGGACAUCGUGGUACUUGUUGUAUUUGCAAUUCUUUGCCUCAUUGGUGCCAUGUACUUUCUGAUGCUCCACAUUGUCUCAAAUGUGCCAUAUACCUUUUUUGUGUACCGUGCGUUUGUUCUCUUUAGUGUCGUGACUUUUAUAAUGUAUCAUGCGCAAAUCAUCAAUGGUGGACGCUUCGCUGAAAUUCGUGACAAUGACUAUUUGUUGGCUUCGCUUAUAUUAUUCUACGAUUUCUUGCUAAUGUAUUUAUUUACGUUCCAAUUUGCACCAAAGUGGAGUGAUUUGUGUGAUGUUCAUAGGAAUACAACUGGAGCCCUUAUAUUGGACCGUCAUAUCAACUUGCCGGGAUAUUCUUAGUCUCUCAUUACCUUGCUGUGU